GCCAGUGCAAAGUUAAAGUAUAAAAGCUGUUCAGCUAACAUUCAGAAUCACUUGCAACAAAUUCUAAAACAUUCAACAUGUUUGCUAAGCUCGCCGUCGUCACCCUCGCCGUAGCUGGAGCUUACGCUGGAGGCAUCGCCGCUCCCGCCUAUGGCCUUGGAUACAGUGGCGCUGCUAUCACCGCUCCCGUCUAUGGAGUCGGGUACGGCCACGCCGCUGUAGCUGCCCCCGCCUACGGCCUCGGAUACGGCCAUGCCGCCAUUGCUGCCCCUGUGGCCAAGGUCGCCGCUGCCCCUGUCGUGUCUUCGUACUCAACCGUGACCAAGCAUGUCGCUCAUGCCCCUGUUGCUGUUGCCGCCCCCGUUGCUAAGGUAGCCGCUGCUCCCGUUUUGGCUGCCCCCGCCUACGGAUACCAUGGAGCUGCCGUCGCCGCCCCAGUUGCUGUCUACGGCAGCGGAUACGGGCUUGGCUAUGGCAAGGUCUAUACGCUCGCAGUUAUCGCCCUCGCUGUGGCUGGAGCCCAUGCUGGAGUUGUUGCCGCCCCCGCCUAUGGUCUUGGAUACGGCCAUGCUGCCCCCGCCCUCGGAGUCGGGUAUGGCCACGCCGGUAUAGUUGCUCCCGCCUACGGAGUUGGAUAUGGUAGCGCCGCCAUUGCUGCCCCCCUAGCUAAGGUCGCCGUUGCCCCUGUCGUUUCUUCGUAUUCGACCGUAACCAAACACGUGGCUCCUGCCCCCGUCGCUAUUGCCGCUCCGGUUGCCAAGGUCGCCGCUGCUCCCGCUUACGGAUACCACGGAGCUGGCAUCCCCGCACCUAUUGCCGCCUACGGUCAUGGAUACGGCCAUUACUAAACGCAUUUAGACCCAACACCUGAAUCGAAAGCUCCUGUACCUCCUUGCGGCCAUUAUUAAGCACUGGUGGACUCGACUAGAGCAAAGUGAUCUGUGAGACCAUUUUUAGUUUCAGAUCUGGCCAAGAAAGAACCUGUGAUUUGUAUAAAUAAAUGAAACGAAGCAAUAACUUUAGUGGCAUGGAAAUCGAAA